AUGAAGAACCCCAAAGAGGGAGUCGCGGCUGCGAGAACUCCGAACAACUGCCAGAACAAGAGUCGCCCGGGGGCCCAGAUCGGGAGGAAGACGGGCAAGGUCGAGCUGUGGUGGAUAACGUGUCUGCUGUAUCUGUUCCUGAGGACAUCGGGGGCGACACAGCCGACGAUCGAGGAAGCCAACAGUUCGACAAUGUCAAUCUUGACGACGCGCCCUCCCCAGAUGCAGGUGACUCUCCCCAACACAGCGACACCGAGCCAACUACCACCGGAGAUGGUGUCCCCAAUGGACACGGUCACCCAACAGGACCCAGUGACGGACGCCCAGUCCGCCACAGAGUCCGGCCGGAGCGUUACAUUGAGCAAUGUUGAGGGAGUGUUGGGAAGAGCUGUCAUACUGCCAUGUAGUUGCGCAAGGGCAGGAAGGUCCCUGUGCAGACACACCGCCAAAUGGGAAGACAACACCGAACCUCUGGAUGCUGACCGGGGCCGUGCAAGGGACUCUAUGGACAGUGACCUGGACAUAAGGACUUUGUAUGGACAGCAGGCCCUGGGCAGUGAUACCCAGCACGUUCUAUCGCUGAAGAUUCGGGGAAUGGACUCUGCCUCGGCACGCACUUACACAUGAAGA